AUGCAGACCUGUGAUCAGAGCGAGGACAGGCAGGAGACGCAGUGUGCUAUGCAGACCUGUGAUCAGAGCGAGGACAGGCAGGAGCAGAGGUGUGCUAUGCAGACCUGUGAUCAGAGCGAGGACAGGCAGGAGACGCGGUGUGCUAUGCAGACCUGUGAUCAGAGCGAGGACAGGCAGGAGACGCAGUGUGCUAUGCAGACCUGUGAUCAGAGCGAGGACAGGCAGGAGACGCAGUGUGCUAUGCAGACCUGUGAUCAGAGCGAGGACAGGCAGGAGACGCGGUGUGCUAUGCAGACCUGUGAUCAGAGCGAGGACAGGCAGGAGCAGCGGUGUGCUAUGCAGACCUGUGAUCAGAGCGAGGACAGGCAGGAGACGCGGUGUGCUAUGCAGACCUGUGAUCAGAGCGAGGACAGGCAGGAGCAGCGGUGUGCUAUGCAGACCUGUGAUCAGAGCGAGGACAGGCAGGAGACGCGGUGUGCUAUGCAGACCUGUGAUCAGAGCGAGGACAGGCAGGAGCAGCGGGAAAAAGGGUCACAGACAACGGUUAUAAAACCGCAUACUAAAGGGAGAGCUACAGCAGCAAUCAGACUGAAGUCUACAGAAAGAUUUUUGCCAAAAUGGCAUCUAUUGGACACAGAGAUCAUAGCAAAGAAGAAGGAAGACAAGAAGAGGAAGAGAGAAGAGGACAGCAAGACCGGAUCUAACACCUCGAAGAACAGGAAAAGAGCCAAUGAGAGGGAAUCAGAGGAUGUGGAGUUAACAUUUGACAGCAGCCAAGGUUCAUAA